AUGCAAUACGUUGCCUCGCACACGACGAUUCCCGUGCCCAGGGUCUACGCAGUCCACACCGAGCCCAAUGACUUCAUCUACAUCGAGAUGGCGUACGUGCCAGGCGAGGCUCUGGACGAGGCCUGGGCCGACCUGUCGACGGACCAGAAGUAUUCUAUCUUUGCCGACCUGAAGCAGCACCUGUCGACCCUCCGCGAGCUUGAACCCCCCGCGCAGGGACUCGUCUCGUCGGCUCUUCAGAAUCCCGCCUACGACUGCCGAAUCGGAAACCGCUUCUUCGGCCCCAUUACCCAUGAUGAGUUUCACUCACUCGCACGAGCGAGGGCUCCCCUGGACGUCGUCGCGUCCAUGUUCGGCGAGGAAAUCGCCGAGAUGCACACGCGCCGCUACCAGACUCACUUUGCGCACGCAGACCUGUGUCCCAGGAACAUCAUUGUCAGAGGGGGGCGCGUCGCCACCACUCUCGACUGGGCUUUUGCGGGGUGGUAUCCCGAGUACUGGGACUUUACCAGGGCGCACUACAACUUGUUCUAUGACCAGGGCCGCUGGGAGGAGUAUCUACGUCUCGUCAUGCCGUGCUACGAGAUGGAGCUCAGGGCGGAGCGAAUUCUCUGGGACGGGCUGCCGGAGCCGGGUACGACGAGAUAUUGGUACCGCAAUGGAGUUGAAGGUAAGACCGAGGGCUCCGCACCGGCGGCGUCCUGGCUGCAGACAAGGGCUCGCCGGCAGCUGGCGGUACCAGACUUGUGGACUCUGGCCCUGCGUCGAGAGCACUACGUUGUUGAAUGA